CUGAGCGUCCCAGAGAAACACCACAUCUCUCCCUCUCUGGCUACACGAUGCAGGGAAUAUUCGCUCUCUUCCUGGUGGGACUUUAUUUCCACACUGCCAAAGGCGAAAUCCCAGAAGAAGAAGAGAAUCCCAGUUUCUGGAACCGGCAAGCUGCAGAAGCCAUCAAAACAGCCCAGCAGUUGCAGCCCAUCCAGACGGCAGCCAAGAACCUCAUCCUCUUCCUGGGAGAUGGGAUGGGAGUGCCCACAGUGACAGCCACCCGGAUACUCAAAGGAAAACUGAGUGGAAAUCUGGGCCCUGAGACCCCCCUGGCCAUGGACCGGUUUCCCUAUGUGGCUCUGUCCAAGACGUACAAUGUAGACAGGCAGGUCCCCGACAGCGCAGGCACAGCUACCGCCUACCUCUGUGGCGUGAAGGGCAACUACAAAACCAUCGGCCUCAGCGCGGCUGCCCGGGUGGACCAGUGCAACUCGACCUUUGGCAAUGAGGUCUACUCUGUACUGCAACGAGCCAAGAAAGCAGGGAAGUCAGUGGGGGUAGUGACCACCACCCGGGUGCAGCAUGCCUCGCCCUCUGGCACAUAUGCCCAUGUAGUAAACCGGGACUGGUACUCAGAUGCCAACAUGCCUGCUGACGCCCUGAGGAGUGGUUGUAAGGACAUUGCUUCCCAGCUGAUUUCCAAUGUGGACAUUGAUGUGAUCCUAGGUGGGGGCCGCAAGUACAUGUUUCCCGUGGGAACUCCUGAUCCUGAGUACCCAAACCUCAGCAGUCAGAACGGGAUCAGGAGGGAUGACCGGAACCUUGUACAGGAAUGGCUGGACGCCAGACAGGGAGCCAAAUACGUGUGGGACCGUCAAGAACUACUGAAUGCCGCAGAAAACCUCGAAGUGACACAUAUCAUGGGCCUCUUUGAACCAGGAGACACUAAAUAUGAUCUACAGCGCAAUGCUUCUGUAGACCCCUCAUUGAUGGAGAUGACUGAGGUUGCCAUCAAAAUACUCAGGCGAAAUCCCAAAGGAUACUACCUCUUUGUGGAAGGAGGUCGAAUUGACCAUGGCCACCAUGAUGGCAAUGCACACUUGGCCUUGACUGAGGCUGUCAUGUUUGACUCAACAAUUGAUAAGGCUGUCCAGAUGACUAAUGAAAAGGACACUCUGAUUGCCGUCACUGCGGAUCAUUCCCAUGUCUUCUCUUUCGGCGGCUACACCUACAGAGGCAGCUCAAUCUUUGGACUGGCUCCCAGCAAGGCACAAGAUAACAAAGCAUAUACUUCCAUCUUAUAUGGCAAUGGACCUGGAUAUGUGAAUGGUACCAGGCCAGAUGUCAAAGAAAGUGUCAGUGAGGACGUGUCCUAUAAGCAGCAGGCAGCUGUGCCUCUGUCCUCAGAGACCCAUGGAGGGGAAGAUGUGGCCAUCUUCGCAAGAGGUCCCCAAGCACACCUAUUCCAUGGUGUGCAGGAGGAGACUUAUGUGGCUCAUGUUAUGGCUUUUGCUGGCUGCCUGGAACCCUAUGAGAACUGUGGGCUCUCAUGGCCCAAUAGUAGCCUCCAGACAUCAGUAUCAUUCCUGCUGCUGGUCCUUGUCUGGCCUUUCCUGCUAUUAGCAGUUCAGCAUUGAUCUGGGACCAGUGAACACUCGGCUACCAUAUCUUCCACCACCUUCCAAUGGCUUCCCUGGAUGACUGGCUCCUGCCACUGUGGAAAAGACCACCUGGACCCUGAAAGUACCCCAGCAGGAAUAUGACAACUGCCAGAAAAAUAAAUUAGGAAUCAAACCCCCAAAUCAAGACUACUCUUUACUGAGGCCAUCCUCUGGCCCUUGGCAUUAGGGGCCUUCUUCUCUGCCCCCAGGUACUGAGUGACUGCAUGGGAUGAAUUCCCCAGUACCCUCUGCUAGGUUAUUUCCAGGCCUCUCCCCAGAUGGGCUGGAGAGCAAGGAAGAGCACAGGACAUCUCUGUAUUUAUCCCCAACAGCCCUCCCUGCUGCCACCUUCAAUAGAGAGGUAAGGUGGUGCAUGGAUUUGGAGGCAGAGGAUCCAAGUUCAAAUCUCACCCCUGCUACUUAUUUUCAGUAAACUUGGUCAAGUUGCUAAACUUCCCUUGGCCUCAGGUUCCUCAUUAAUGGUCUAUCCAGAUGGUCUCGGAAGGUCAUUCCAGUUCUGAAUCCUUGAUCAUCUCUGAUCAUUCACAGUCAAGGAGAUGAGAGGAAGGGGGAAAGUAUGGGGAAUGGUCAUAGACUUAGAUCUGGAAGGGGCAUUCGAGGUCAUCCGUUUCUAACCUCUCUUUUAAAUAUGCUAAAAGUGAAGCCUAGGCCCAUUGAAGGUCACACAAGUUGAGAUUUCAUCCCAAGCCCCGAUUUACCAUUUUUUCCAUUGCCUCAUUCGGGUUCUCUUUACUUCCUCUCCAGGCUCCUCAGUGUUCUCCCCUUGACUGUUGGGAACCAUUUCCCUUGGGAUUUCCUAUUCUAUAUGUUUCUGGGUCUUUCCAAAGCAAAAGGAUCCAUGAUCCCUCCAGCCAUAGCUUUGUUCUUCCUCAAAGGGAAAGGGACUAAGAGGCUCAGAGCUUCUGCUUGACAUCUUCAAGGGAGAGAGAACCUCUCAUCUUUGAGAUUGCUCAGUCUAUCUUUAGACAGCUUUAAGAGUUAGGAAGGUUGAUUUGUCUCAAAUCUAACCAAAAUUUGCCUAGUGGUGACUUCCAUUACUCCUAGUUCUGCUCUCUGAAGACAGGAAGAGAAGUCUAACUUCUCUCCCACAUGGCAUCCCCUUGAACGCAGUAAUCAUGUUCCCCCUGAGCAUUCUCUUCUCCAGCUCCUUCACCUGAUCUCAAAUCUUUUCACCUUCCUAGGUGCCCUCCUCGGGACACUCCAGAUUUUCUUUCUUUUUUUUUUAAACUUUCCUUACCUUUCAUCUUGGAAUCAAUACUGUGUAUGGGUUCCAAGGCAGAAGAGUGGAAAUGGGGGUUAAGUGACUUGCCCAGGGGCACACAGUUGGGAAGUACCUGAGGUCAGAUUUGAACCCAGGACCUCCCAUCUCUAGGUCUGGAUCUCAAUUCACUGAGCCUCCCAGGUUCCCCCCACUCCAGAUUUUCAAUGUCCUUCUUAAGCUAUGGCACCCAGAACUAAACGCAACACUCCAGAGCAGAGGACAAUGGGAUUCUCCCCUUUUUGUUCCCAGAAGCUCUGCCCUCUUAAUGCAACUCAAGACUCUCACUGCCACAAUAUACUGUUGAAGUCAAUGUCCCUGGGGUGUCGCCUCACCCUUCCAACAGCCCUGGUAAGGACGUUCAUGUUUAUGGAUAUCUUCUGUUUUCAUAUCAUCUAUAUUAUCCAAUGUAGCCCUUCUUCCUCCCUCUCCCAGAGAACCAUCAUCCUAAACAAGGAAUAAAACAGAGGGGUGACCAAUAUAUGAAAAGGGUCUGACAUCAUCUGAGUAUCCCAUUCCCAUAGUCCUCUGCAAGGAAGGAAAGAAGGUGCUUUUCCACAGCUCUUCUUUGGGGUCACCCUUUUUCAUCAUAACUUUACAGCAUUCACUCUUUUUAAACCCUCACCUUGUAUCUUAGAAUCAAUGUUGUGUAUUGGUUUUAAGGCAGAAGAAUGGUAAAGACUAGGCAAUGAAGGUUAAGUGACUUGCCCAGGGUCACACAGCUAGGAAGUAUCUGAAUCCAGAUUUGAACUCAAGACCUCCCAUCACUAGGUCGCUGAACCACCUAGCUGCCCCCUGAAACACUGAUUUCAACUGAUCUGGAGAGCCAUUCUUUAUAUUUGCACUGUUGGUACCAUUCUUACAUUGUUUUCCUAGUUCUUCUCACUUCACUUUGCAUCCAUUCAGAUAUAUCUUUCAAUGAUUCUUUUCAUUUAACAAAUUUCUCAUUUCUUACAGUUGCAAUAAUGUUCCAUUUCGUUCAUGUGUACAAUAUGCCUAACCAUUUCCUAACAAAUGACAUUUGCUUUGUUUCCAGCUCUUUACCACUAAAAUAAAAUGCUGCUGCU